AUGAGUUUAGCUCAGGGCAGAGAGCAGCGCUGCACUGCAGGAAACCGCAUGGGGAAAUUACUGGACGCGGAGGAAGAAGAUGAUUUCUAUAAAACUACAUACGGAGGAUUUAACGACGAGCCUGUAAAAGCAGUGAAGCCGAAGGUGAAGCGUCCGUCUGAAGAACCCAAGAGAACCGAGAGACUGAAGCCGGAGAAACGUUCUCACCAGGACCUGCAGGAGUACGGAGAACUUCGUAAGUCUGUGAGGAAGUCCACUAGUGAACACACGAGGAAAACGUUCGAGCGUCUGCAGGAGCGCCAGCAGGAGGCGCCGCGCCGCAGGAAAGCCAAUACUGAACCAGUGCUGAGCCAGGAAGAACUGCUGAAAGAGGCUCAGAUCACAGCCCAGAGUAACCUGCAGUCUUUAGAGAACUACGAGCGUCUGGAGGCGGAUAAGAAGAAGCAUGUCCAUAAGAAGAGACGGUUCGAGGGACCGACGGUUCGGUAUCACUCUGUACUGAUGCCCCUCGCUACAGACUCCCUGCUGAAGGAGGAGAACGUGGACGUGGAGGGGCUGGAUCAGGACACGCCCCAGUCCAGCUCGUCCUCCGGGGCGGUGGGGACGAGGUCCCUGUGCUCCCGAACCUUCAUUACCUUCAGCGACGACGAGGCCUUCAGGACCGCCUUCCCCCAGGUGUCCUCCCCUGACCCCGCCCUCCCCGUGCAGGAGGUGUGUCCCGUUACCCACAAGCCCGCGCUGUACCGCGACCCGGUGACCGACAUCCCGUACUCCGACUCCCGCGCCUUCCGCAUCAUCCGAGAGGCGUACCGGAAAUACAUCUCCGCCCACGGUUUCCCCGGCAACAGCGACUCCGCCCAAUCAGCAGGGGGCAGCAGUGCACCCGCCAAGACUCUCAAACCCAAAACCCUGAUUAAACAGGGGCUGGUUACAGCGUAACACACACCCAGUAUACACAAACACUUACACACACACUAUACUCACUAUACACACACA